AACUAUUCUAAUCGAAAAGUUAGAAAGUAUAAAUUAAAGCGAUCUACAAUGUUUUUUCAUGACGUUCACGGGCGGUUUCACCGGGAAGCACGUCAGUGGGCGCUUCUUCGAUUCCAUCAAAAGGAAAUGUUGUCGCGUCUUGUCCAUCAGUCGUCGUCGACACUUCGCACAAACCUUUCAUUUCGUCUCUUCUCACAGUCGGCACCGGCCAUGCAAACUACGCAUCGAGUUGAGAAACAAGGAGAUGUUGCCGUGGUGAAGAUUGACUUGCCAAACACAAAAGAAAAUGUUCUCAACAAGGCUCUUUUCGCUGAAAUGAAGGCCACUUUGGAUAAGCUCCAAUCCGAUGAAAGUAUCAAAUCCAUUGUUGUCAUGUCCGGAAAGCCAAACAGCUUCGUUGCAGGAGCUGACAUCCAAAUGAUCAAGGCAGAAGGAACUGCUACAGCAACUGAGACACUUUCCCGUGAAGGACAAGAACAAUUCUUCCGCAUUGAAAAGAGUCAGAAGCCAGUCGUUGCGGCUAUUAUGGGAAGCUGUAUGGGAGGAGGACUCGAAUUGGCACUUGCAUGUCACUACCGUAUUGCUGUAAAUGACAAGAAGACACUUUUGUCCCUUCCAGAAGUUAUGCUUGGAUUGUUGCCAGGAGCUGGAGGUACCCAAAGACUUCCAAAGUUGACUACUGUUCAAAAUGUUCUUGAUUUGACAUUGACUGGAAAGAAGAUCAAGGCUGAUAAAGCUAAAAAGAUUGGAAUUGUCGAUCGUGUUAUUCAGCCACUUGGAGAUGGACUUGGACCAGCAGCCGAGAAUACCCAUAAAUAUUUGGAAGAAAUUGCAGUAAAAGCUGCUCAGGAACUUGCUAAUGGAAAACUCAAGAUCAACAGAGACAAGGGAUUCAUGCAUAAGGCUACGCAAGCAGUUAUGACCAACUCGUUGUUCCUUGACAAUGUGGUUCUCAAGAUGGCAAAAGAUAAGCUGAUGAAGUUAACCGCUGGAAAUUAUCCAGCUCCACUGAAGAUUCUCGACGUUGUUCGUACCGCCUAUGUUGACCCAAAGAAGGGAUUCGAGGCCGAAGCAAAGGCUUUUGGUGAGCUUUCUCAAACUUUCCAAUCUAAAGCUCUCAUUGGUCUUUUCGAUGGAUCUACUGAUGCAAAGAAGAACAAAUACGGCAAAGGACUUCCAGUCAAUGAAAUCGCAGUCGUCGGUGCUGGACUGAUGGGUGCCGGAAUUGCAAAUGUGACCAUCGAUAAGGGUAUCCGAACAGUUCUUCUUGAUGCCAACCCGGCCGGAGUCGAGCGAGGACAGAAUCAAAUUGCAACACAUUUGAAUAAACAAGUCAAGAGAAGAAAGAUCAACAAAUUGGAAAAAGAGCGAAUCUACAACCAUCUUGUUCCAACAAUUGAUUAUUCGGCCAUGAAGAAUGCUGAUGUUGUUAUUGAAGCCGUCUUCGAAGAUCUUCAACUCAAACACAAGGUUAUUAAACAAAUCGAGAGCGUCGUUGGACCAAACACAAUUAUUGCAUCAAACACUUCAGCUCUUCCGAUCAAGGAUAUUGCUGCAGCAUCUUCCCGCCCUGAUAAGGUUAUUGGAAUGCAUUAUUUCUCACCAGUGGAGAAGAUGCAAUUGCUUGAAAUUAUCACUCAUGAUGGAACAUCCAAAGAAACACUUGCCACUGCUGCCCAGCUUGGUCUUAAACAAGGAAAACUCGUUGUCGUUGUCAAAGAUUGUCCAGGAUUCUUCGUUGUCCGUUGUCUUGGACCAAUGACAGCUGAAAUUAUGCGUCUUCUCCAAGAAGGUGUUGAUCCAGCUGAACUUGACAAGCUCACAACCAAAUUCGGAUUCCCAGUCGGAGCCGCGACAUUGGCUGAUGAAGUUGGACUCGAUGUCGCCGAGCAUGUCGCUCAAUUCCUUGGAAAAGCUUUGGGACCACGACUUGGUGGAGGAUCCGCUGAUUUGUUGUCCGAAUUGGUGAAGGCUGGUCACAAGGGACGUAAAACUGGAAAGGGUAUCUUUGUAUAUGGAGACGGAAAGAAGGGAAGCAAGAAGGUUAACGAUGAAGCCACCAAGUUGCUUCAAAAGUACAAGUUGACACCAAACGCAUCUGUCUCAUCACCAGAAGACCGUCAAAUCCGUCUUGUCUCUCGUUUCGUCAAUGAGGCGCUUCUAUGUCUUGAAGAAGGUGUUCUUGCUUCACCAUCUGAUGGAGAUAUCGCCUCUGUCUUCGGUGUUGGAUUCCCACCAUUCUGGGGUGGUCCAUUCCGUUUCGUUGAUCUCUAUGGAGCUGAUAAGUUGGUGAAAUCAAUGGAAAAGUUUGCUGGAGCUUACGAAGCAGUUCAAUUUGAGCCAUGUCAACUUCUCAAGGAUCAUGCCAAGAGCGGAAAGAAGUUUUACAACUAAUCAUCUCUUCUUGAUCUUCGCGAUUGCUGUUUUUUCGCCAAUUUUCCCCUAAGUAUAAACAGUGUGUAUUUGUAUUCUAUGUGCCUAUAAGAUGACUCUUUUUUUGUUACCAUAGAUUGUAGUUUCAGACCGCACAUUUUGUGUCCCCUAUUUAUUUAUUCGUUGUAAAAAUAUUGGUAGAGCAUUUUACGAGUCUUUUUUCACCGCCGCUCCAUUUUCUUUGUUCUUUUUUGAAUGAACAACAUUCAAUUUU